UUGAAAUUCAACACUACCAAAUAAAAAUGCACAUAUCCCACGUUUAUAUAUAUACACACUUUGCACCACCAUAACCUCUGUCACCUAUGUUUGCUUCCAGUAAAAAGGCUUCCAUAUCUUCAAUAAUAAGAAACAAAAUCCAGGUUCUUGAGUGAAAUUGGAGCUCGAAUUUUUCUGGAAUGGAGUGGGUUCGGGGAGAAACGAUUGGAUAUGGAAGUUUCGGCACUGUGAAUUUGGUGUUACCUAAAACAGGGUUUUCGGGAUCAUCAUUCUUGGCUGUCAAGUGUUGUGAAACUAAUAACUCGGCUUCUCUCAAGAACGAGAAACAGGUGCUCCACCAACUUGGAUUCUGCCCCCAAAUCAUCAGUUGUUUCGGCGACGAUUUUACUGUUGAGAAUUGUGGGAAAUUUUACAAUCUGUUCUUGGAGUAUGCUAAUAAAGGAAGCUUAGCCGAUCACCUUCAGCUAAACGGUGGGAAAUUGAUGGAAUCCGAUGUUAAAAGAUUUGCAAGAUCGAUACUGAAAGGGCUAAACUUCAUCCAUUCCAAAGGGUUUGUUCAUUGUGAUAUCAAGCUUCAAAAUGUUCUUUUGUUUGGUAAUGGGGAUGUGAAGAUAGCUGAUUUUGGAUUGGCAAAGAGAAAGUGUGAAAAACAGGGGAGGUUUGAAAUCAGGGGAACGCCUUUGAGUAUGGCCCCUGAGUCUAUCAAUGGAAACGUUUAUGAUUCGGGGGUGGAUAUUUGGGCACUUGGAUGCGCCGUUGUUGAGAUGUUUACUGGGAAACCAGCUUGGAACUUGAAACCAGGAGCCAACAUGGCGGAUUUGUUGAUUAAAAUCGGGGCCAGUGAUGAAUUGCCUGGAAUUCCAAGGGAAUUAUCUGGGGAAGGAAAAGAUUUUCUGGUUAAGUGUUUUUCUAGGGAUCCAAACAAGAGAUGGACAGCUGAGAUGCUCCUGCAACAUCCUUUCAUGGCUGGCGAUGAUGAAACGGUUCCAUCAACGUCUUCACGAGGUUGUGUUGAAGAAAUCGCAAUAACCCCAAGAUGUACUUUGGAUUUUCCAGAUUGGGUUUGGAGUGAAUCGAUUUUAGGGGAAAAUUCAAGCAUGUUUUCAUCGGCUUUGGAUCGGAUUCGUGAAUUGGCAUGUGAUGAGGCACCUAACUGGGGUGUUAGCGGCAGCUGGAUGAGGUUGAGGUAGAAUAAGAUGAUGGAAUAGCCAUAUUAGCGUGAAUCAAAUUGUAAAUUUUAUUAGAGAAAACAUUAGUGGACUGACUUUGUGCUGAUGGAGAGUUGUGAUUGGCCACAGAUUAAUUUAUUCAUUUCCCCUGAAAA